UAAUUUCCCAUCUUGUCUUUUGUGCGAUUGAAGUUGAACUAACCUUAAAAGCACGUUGCUACCGUCUCCCGAGUGGGAGGAAUAGGUUAAGUUGAGAGUCAAUCUGCUCAAACAUGUCUCUGUACAAUUUCAAGAAAAUCGCGGUGGUUCCUACCUCGAAAGAUUUCAUCGACAUCAUUUUAUCAAAAACUCAACGGAAGACACCAACCGUAAUCCACAAAAAUUAUAAUAUCAGUCGCAUCCGCGCUUUCUACACGCGGAAGGUGAAGUUUACUCAGCAGAGUUUUCAUGAUCGACUGUCUUUAAUAGUUCAAGAGUUUCCGAAGCUAGACGAUGUUCACCCGUUUUAUGCAGAUCUGAUGAACAUUCUGUAUGACAAGGAUCAUUACAAAUUGGCCCUUGGUCAGAUAAACAUGGCUCGACAUCUAAUUAACAACGUUGCAAAAGAUUACGUACGUCUUAUGAAAUUCGGUGAUUCCUUGUACCGCUGUAAGCAGUUGAAGAAGGCUGCACUUGGUCGCAUGGCCACGAUCAUGAAACGACAAGCAGCAAAUUUGUCGUACCUAGAACAAGUGCGACAGCAUUUGGCUCGUUUGCCCAGUAUCAACCCAUAUACCCGUACCAUUAUAAUUUGUGGAUUCCCAAAUGUUGGCAAAAGUAGUUUCAUUAACAAGAUCACACGAGCAGACGUGGAGGUCCAACCGUAUGCAUUUACCACAAAAUCGCUGUAUGUUGGACAUACGGAUUAUAGGUACUUACGUUGGCAAGUCAUUGAUACUCCAGGAAUCCUAGAUCAUCCUCUUGAAGAACGUAAUGUCAUAGAGAUGCAGGCUAUUACAGCUCUUGCCCACUUGCGUGCAGCCGUGCUAUAUUUCUGUGAUGUUUCGGAGCAGUGCGGAUAUUCUCUUGAACACCAAAUUAAGCUCUUUGAGUCGAUCAAGCCUUUAUUCUCAAAUAAACCUCUGAUGGUAGUCGCAAAUAAAGUUGACGUCGUAAGGCUAAACGAUCUACCAGUGGAAAAGCGAGAACUCUUAGACAACUUGACAAAUGAUGAUAAGAUUCCCGUCAUAGAAAUGAGUACUCUCACCGAAUUUGGAGUUGCGGACGUUAAGACAAAAGCUUGCGAGUCUCUUUUGGCUUUCAGAAUCGAUGAGAAAUUUAAGACAAAGAAAGUCGACAAUUUGUUGAGUCGGCUGCAUGUCGCGCAACCAGCUCCAAGGGAUGAAAAAGUUCGACCUGCUAGUAUCCCUGAGACGAUAAUUGCAAAGAAGCAAAAUUCAGCCGAUAAAAAUAGCAGGAAGCGAAAACUGGAGAGAGAAAUAGAAGAGGAAUUAGGUGAUGAUUAUGUUCUCGAUUUAAAGAAGAACUACGACAUCGAGGGGGAAGAAAAGUUUGACAACAUUCCAGAAAUCUGGGAAGGACACAAUAUUGCUGACUACGUCGAUCCUGAAUUGUUUGAGAAGUUAAAAUUAUUGGAAGAGGAAGAGCAUGCAAGAGAAGUGAUGGAUGCAUACGUCUUCACCGGACCGUCGAAAGAGAUGUCCGAGAUCUCAAACCUGGCUAAGCAGAUUCGUGAUCAAAGAGUGAUCAUGUCGCAGGAAGCUCGAAUUAACAAAGCCAGUACGAAGCCGGUGAUACCUCGAACCAGCACGGCAAAGGCACGAGGUAGGUCCGUCUCAAGACUGAAGGAAGAGAUGGAAUCUCUUGGCGUGGAUAUGGAAGACACCGAAGAGGCACACUUCACAAAACAAGUCAGUCGAUCUCGAUCCACAUCCAGAGCGAAAAAGAUGAGGACAGAGUCGAAGGACCUGUCAAAGGCUCGCAGUGGUUCGAGACCACCUCGUGACGAAAUGGGCAUAAAGGACACCACCAUGCAGUCGAAGUUGAGGAAAGUCGCUCACAAGGCGAUCAAAAAGAAAGUUGCGAAGAAAGGACUCAAGGGCGAAGCGGAUCGUUUCAUCGGCACAAAGAUGCCGAAACACUUGUUCUCUGGAAAGCGAGGAAUUGGCAAAACCACCAGGAGAUAAAUUCUUUAUCCUAUUUAUAGUUCGUCUAAGAGUGUAAAAAUAUUCCCUAACAACAAACCAUUGCCACCUCACAUUACAAUUAUGUAAUAAAGUACCGAAUUUUGAAAACCAAA